AUGGCCUCCCCCUUGCUCGGCACCAGACUUGUUGCGAUCCUGCUCCCUGCGACUGACGCCCACCAACACGAAGACCAAAGCUUCUGGGAUGAUAUUGAAGAAGAGCCAAGGUCUUUGGAUCCUCUUGGUCUCCAACAGGGAGUUCAUCCUUGUGAUAAAAGAAGAAGUGUUAGCGAGUAUCAGUUUCUUUUUUCUACUGUUGAUUUUUUGCUGACAAACAGCGAUGAAGAUAUUUGGUGGAAGGCCAAUGUUAGAGAGACAAAGGAAGAACUUGCAGCUAAGGGGAUAAAGUUCAUGAACUGGUUAUGGACACGAAAUGAGAAGGAAAUAGCAAUUGUGACACAUUGUGGAAUCUUGUUUCAUACUUUGAAUAGAUUUGAAAAUUAUUGCAACCCCUUGGUGAAGAAGGAAAUAUCCAAGAACUUUGCCAAUUGUGAGCUUCGCUCGAUGGUCAUUGUCGAUAGAAGUAUGACAGGAUCAAUAGUAUUAACAACCAACUAUCCAGGGAAGAUACCUCCAGGUCUUGACCUCCCUAGUGAUCUCUCAGAUGAGAACCUUCCGAAAUAG